AUGUUGGCUACAAGAUACAUAGAAUCUGGUUUAGGAGAACCCGAGCAAGAUGCAAAUACAGCUCUUACAGAACUCGACAAAGCCCUUAGGGCCACAAAAAUAGGCGAUCAAUGUGAGGCUAUUGUUCGUUUUCCUAGAUUAUUUGAAAAGUAUCCAUUUCCCAUUUUAGUUAACUCUUCACUAUUAAAACUCGCUGAAGUUUUUCGUGUAGGUAAUAAUAUUUUACGUUUAUGGAUAUUGAAAGUUUGUGAACAAACUGAUAAACAUUUAGACAAAAUUUUAAAUAUUGAUGAGUUUGUUCGACGUAUUUUCAUUGUGUACAGUUCUAAUGACCCAGUAGCUCGUGGAUUGGCUCUUAGGACUCUAGGAGCCGUUGCUAGAAUUAUUCCUGAAAAAGAACAAGUCCAUCAUGCAAUUCGCCAAUCUUUAGAUAGUCAUAAUUCAGUGGAAGUUGAUGCUGCAAUAACAGCAGCUAUGCAGUUUGCAGCUCAGAGUAAAACAUUUGCUGUGUCGAUGUGUGGUAAAAUGUCAGAUAUGAUAGAAGGACAAGCCACUCCAGAUAAUAGGAAACUACAGUUGAUUCCAAUUCUACAAUACAUGCAUCAUGAUGCCAAAACGGCUGCUUUAGUUCGUACACUUUGUUUGAAUUUACUAUCAAAAUACCCUGCUGAGGAAUUCAUCAUAACAACUUUAGAAUCUUUAACGCAAUUAUCAAUAUCAACAAUGGUUGAUGUGCCUGCCCAAGUUUCAUUGCUACUUCUAUACCUUAAAGAUCCUAGAACUUUAGUUAGAUCUAGAACGCUGCAAUGCUUGAAAAGAUCUUGCAGUAAAAGGUGCUUUCAUCCGAAUGGAGAGACAAGCUGCUGUGCUUUAGAAGUUAUCACAUGCAUUUUAGGGCAUUAUUAUAAAGAGAACAAAGGGGCUGAAUUAAAAUUACAGAUAGUUGAGUACAGCAUAAAGAAUCAGUUAGAAGUUCAGUUAGUAACAGCAAAAACUGAAAAUAUUUUAGUGCGAAUAUUAAAAUGUGCCGUUCAGCUUGCUGCUUUAAGUGAAAACUAUUCUAAGUAUUUUACUAAAUUUAUGUUCGGUAUGCUGAACCAGACACCUGGAUAUUCAGUUGCACAAUGUUUGCUUGUCACUGAAGCUUUAGCUGCAAUUAGUGCAAAUUCACGAGAUGAUAAUCCCUUACUGAUUUAUUUAUCUGAUAUAAUGAAAAUACUAGAAAAAAAUACAAAUAUUAAUUACACCAAUGAUAAAGAAACUCAAUUUAUUGAAAGAUUGUUUACAUUGAUAUUACAGAUAUCGCUAAUUACUAAACUUGAAAUGAGACACAAAGAGCAAAUGAACAAAACUUUGGAGACAGUUUCAUUAUGGUCUAAAUAUAAAAUUGCUCGAUGUUGUGCAAGAUAUGGACAUCAUGAGAUGAGCUUUCCGUUGUGGAAAUGCUUAUCAGAAGAAGUAUGGUCAGAACAUUCACAUUUCUGGUUUGAUGCCCUUUACGAAAUGUCUCUGGGAGAAUCCAUUUUGCAAGGAGCAGAAAAUGUUUCCAAUUACCUCGAAGGUGUGAAUGCAUCAACGAAUAGAUGCAUACCCGAUAUCUUAAAUCAAUCUAUAAUUCACUACAAUCGUGCCGUGACCGCUAUGACAGCUGCUAGUUCUACAGCUAUACCUAUGUCUUUUCAAAUAGAUUAUUUAAAACUAAGAUUAGAGUUCUUACAAACUUUGCUGCAAGUGACAUUAUGCUGUUAUUUGGUCUACACGCCUCCGGCUUAUAUCAGCCAGUCCGUCGCACAAGUUAACAAAGAUGAAUUGUUAAGAUAUGGACCAAUAAUUGUGGAACUUCGUAAAUGUGUUCCUUUGCUUAAGAAAAAUGAGGAAGCAUAUAUAAAUUUGUAUCAAAAAUCAUUUGAUGCAGACCCUGCUACUUUGGAUUUACUGCAAUUGUUGAGGUACCGAAGUAAUGUUCUUGCCACUUCCAUAGAACGUAUGUGUUACACCAGAGAUGUUCAUUUUGAACAACUAACCACAAGCUAUAUUACAAAUCCAGAAAGACGCAGUUUGCUUCAACAUUGCAACAUGAUAAUGGAUAUAUCUGACAAAUUUCAGGCAAGUCUUGUACCAGGUGUUGCUAAAAUGAUAACUCCUAAAAACUGCGCAUGCAUGCCUAGAUUUUUCUUCCAGGUUCUUCGUACUUCGUUGAAACUGAAUAUCACUCCUGUCCCCAGAGUUCAAGGAGAACCCAUAAAUCAUGUUCCAAAUACCCAUCUAGUAGUAAAAGUUGAAGGUAUAGUCCAAUACACACUGGCGGCAAAAUCUACUUUUCGCACAGUGGCGCAGAUACAUCUAAUUGAAUUCAGUGCUCCAACUAAGCUGGGCGCAAAUAUUGAUGUAAAGCCAUCAGAUGCGAGUCAAUUUUUAUCUCAGACUGUUAAGCCUAACCAUGACUAUUUCUCGGGGAGUUUUUUGUUGACUUUAGGAAAUCCAGGAUUAUGGGUAGCAAAUAUCGAAGCAACUAUCAUCGAUGAAGAUGGAAAAGUUUGGAAGAACGGCUGCAAGGGUUCACUUACAAUUAAAGUUUUGGAUGAUUCAUCUAAAACCACAUCAGGGUCAGUGACUAAUAAGAUAAUUGUUACUUGGAAAUAUUAUUAUGAAAUAAAUAGCUAA